AUGCGCACCGCCCUCGCGGCGCUGGAGUUCGACCCACACAACGCUGUCGCCCGCGCAACGCUUCGGGACGUGCUUGCACGCAAAGCUUUCGACAGCGGCACGGCGGAUGCAGCAGGCGCGGUGACAGGAGAAGCCGCCGUGCAGUUGAGGCGCUACAACAAGACGGUGCGGCGCAUGUGCGGGCAGCUCCUCACCGCACGUACGGAGCGGGAGCGGGAGAUGGAGUCCCUGCUGAAGGCAAUACCAUCCGCGUCAGCCUCAACACCGGUCUCGGCGCAGUCGGCGUGGCAGGAGGGCGGGAAUGUGAGCGGCGGNAUACCAUCCGCGUCAGCCUCAACACCGGUCUCGGCGCAGUCGGCGUGGCAGGAGGGCGGGAAUGUGAGCGGCGGUGGUGGCGCGGCGGCGACGAUUGCGACCGACGAGCAGCAGCGGCCAGUGUACGCGCUGGUGAACCUCACCGACACGGGGGCAGCAGGAGGAAGAGGAGGAGAAGCAGCAGCAGCUUCGACGGCGAUGAUGCACCCGCUCUGGGUUCGGCUCCCGCACGGUGUCGACGUUGACCGCACGCUUGAGCUUGUCGGUGGCUUGUUCGGUGUUGUGCAAGGCGCCGUUCCGCUCGUUGCGCCGGUGGAACGCGGCGAUCUCGUCGUCUUCGAGCUGCGUCGCAACUUUUUCCGGUUCGACGUGACCCGUGUUGUGAGGCCGCGCGACGGCGUUGUGGUGGAGGUGCCGUGCGUGCUGCAGCAUGGCCGUCGUGACGUGACAACGUGCGUGCUGCGCUGCGCCAGCGCCCCAUCGCCGGUGUACGACUGCGAGGAGGACCGCGUCCCGCAAGACCCGCUGCAGUGGCUCGACACAACGUCCGCGGCGGCAGCAGUAACAAAUGACGUGGUGGAGCAGAUACUCGGCAGCCGGCUUUAUCUUCAGCGGUGGCUGCACGUGGCGCAACUCGGCAGCCGCCCCGUUUGGUUCCGUGACGUGCCUGUUGACCCGCGCGGCGCAGCGGUGUGGCGCCUCCACGAGCCCAACAGCAACAGCGGCGCGGAUGAGAGGCGCGUCAUUCUCGCUGCCGCGGCAUUUCCCUUCGCGUGUGGUCAGGCAGCAGAAGAGGCGGACGACCCGUUUGGCGCCUCGUCCGAGGCGGUAUUCGCCCUGCAGCCGCAGGGGGCAAACUCUGCGGUUUCUACUGUUGGUUUAGGUGGCGUGAACGAUGGUGUGUUGUUCCGCGUCGUGGGUGUGUUCCCGGAGUGGGGCUGGGACUGA